ACAUAGCGUCCGCUUGUUUCACCGCAUGAAGGAUUGCGCAACGUUCCGCUCAUAACAGCAGAUUUAUGUUUAGUGCACUAAAAAAACAACUGAAAGCGUCACUUAUCCUUAGAAAGAAAUCAUGGUUUUCUCAUAUUUCUGUUUCCUUUUUGCACUUUCUUCUUCCUUUAACUGUGAAUUAUUUAUUUAUAUUAUUUAUGUAUUUAUUAAAUUAAUUAGUCUUUAUUUGUCUAAUUCUGCUUUUCAUAGUAUGGUUGGAAGCGUGCGUUUAUUAACACGAGACUUACAGGCAACAACAUUUAAGUCCGGCGAGGUUUCCCGCGGCUGCAGACGAGCUUACGGGGCUCAGCUUGAAUGAGCCGAGUGACCAUUGACCUCAGCUUGAAUAGUACCCAGUGUUCUGCCGUCACGUGGCCGUGUUGGUGGGCGAGGUGCGCGUUGAUCGGAGUGCACGUGACGCAUGUUUUGAUUAUUUUUUUUUUGCAGUAAAUGAACUCUGCAUUUUCUCAAUUCAUCAGCUGAGUUCAGAAAUAUUAUAUAUAAAUAUGAUAUAUAUAUUAUAGUAUAAUGUGUUACAGAGAAAGUCAGUGAAUGUAGAAUUGUAUUUCUCAUUUUGACUGUUUAAAGACACGUAUUGUUUAUAUGUCAUUUUUGUUUGUAAACAAAAGUAAGCAACGGAUAAAUACAAAUCAAUGAUAUCUCAUAAAUCAAAUCGCGGACGGUUUAUGUUUUUUAUGCUGCUGUCCGAAACCUCAAAAAGGUUUGAAUAGUCUGUGUUUUAUGGACACCAAGUACUGCAUCAUUCUUGCUGAUAUUAAGAAAACUGAUAUUUACGUCUUUACCUCUCAGCAAGAAAGCAACUGAGCGUAUUUCACAAAAUGUCCAAGCGUGUUUGCUGCUUUGCUGAUGCACCUUGUGUUUAAAAAAUCAUCAAAAAUGAUUUAAUCAGAUUGUCCUGCAGAGUGCCACCCCUCAUGCAUUUAGUAGAGUUUAUUUCCCUCUUCUCCUCGGCCUUAGUACUGUGAAGUAUUUCUCCUUCUAGUAAAAAGCAGUCAGUAUCUUUUCCAGGAAGUCAUAAGACAUGUAAGUAUUUUUCGAUGGUUUUCCACCCACAUCGGAGACAGUUAUAGAGGAUAUCUAUGCAGCCCUUUGUGUUUCCCUCAUUCCCUCCAAAGAAGGGACAUUUGUAAAUAGGUGCUUGACUUUAGGCUUAGUGCAACGUGUGUUAACACAGAUUUUAUAGAAAUUAAAUAGUUUGUAUUGUCUUAUGAAAUGAUGGUUUUUAAGAAACCAUUUGAUAUGUCGGCAAAAUGCAAUAAAUUAAAAUCAUUUUAAUAUGUCGUUCAUGUGUUGGUGUUGUUCAGAGUGCGUCUGCUUGCAUUCAUUGUUGAUCUUUCUCAGCGUUGUACAGACUAGUUCUUUCUGUGUGUUGCAAUCCGAGCGGUCUCUUUGCUUUGAAGACCUGGCCCGGGCCGCCGUGCACGCCUUCAGCGAUCCAAACCCACCGGUUGGCUGACGGCCGGCCCUCUGUGUCGCCCAUAUUUUUUUUUAAAAGACAGGAAAACGCCUUCAACUGAGCACUUCAUUCAAAGUUAGAGCGCAUGCUGAGAUAAACCUCCGGCUGCAGCAGAAGCCGCCGUCAUUUGUCCCGGAGAGCAGUCGCGAUGAAGAGCAGGUCGCCCAGCCUGCGGCUGAAGUUACCCGCCUUCGUGUUCGUCACGCAGGUGAUUGUCGCCGCCCUGUACGCCGCCUUCGUCACCUACGACGAGCACGCGGACGCCAGGUUUCAGACCAACGGGACCAACCCCGUGGACAAUGCGCUGUACAGCGACUACCCGGUUUUCGCCGACGUGCAGGUCAUGAUCUUCCUCGGCUUCGGGUGCCUCCUGGCUUUUUUCCGUCUCUACGGCUUCGGGGGGAUAGUGUUCAACUUCCUCACGGCCGUCUUCGCCAUCCAGUGGGCCGUCCUGGCGCAGGGCUACUUCCAGUUCAGCCGCGGGGGUAAGAUCCACCUCGGGGUGAUCAACCUGCUGAACGCGGAGUUCGCCUGUGCCGCCGUGCUGAUAUCGUGCGGCGCCGUGCUGGGCCGCACGAGCCCCCUGCAGCUGCUGGUCAUGGCUCUGCUGGAGGUGCCGGUGUUCGCGUGCACCGAGUGGGCCGUGCUCGAGUACCUGAAGAUCAACGACGCGGGGGGCUCCGUUCUCAUCCACCUGUUCGCCUGUUACUUUGGUCUGGGCGUGUCCUUCGUGCUGCACAGGCCCGGCUUGGACGAGGGCCACGCCAAGCAGAACUCCAGCUACCAGUCGGACAUCCUGUCGGUGAUAGGGACCCUGUUCCUCUGGGUGUUCUGGCCCUCCUUGAACUCGGCGCUGACCCUGAAGGGAGACGACCAGCACCGGGCCGUCCUGCACACCUUCCUGGGCCUCAGUGCCUCCACGCUCACGGCCUUCGCCCUCUCCGCCGCGCUGAACAAAAACGGCAAGCUCACCAUGGCUGACGUUCAGAACGUGACCCUGGCCGGGGGGGUGGCGGUCGGGGCGUCCGUGGACAUGAUGAUCUCGCCAGCGGCCGCGUACGCCCUGGGCGCGACGGGCUGCGCCACAUGCAUGCUGGGCUACAGGUACCUGACCCCCUUCCUGGCGCGCCGCUUCCGGAUUCAAGAUCAGUGCGGAAUACAUAACCUGCACGGCCUGACGGGACUCAUAUCCUGCGCCGCGGGGAUAUGCGCCAUACUGGUGGCCGACGAGGAGACGUACGGGCCCAGUUUGUACGAGACCUUCGCCCACAGAGCACCGCCGGAGGGCGACCCGAAGCUGCAGGAGCUCCGGGUGUUGAUCCCCGGGUUGAGGGCGGGGCUGGGGAGGACGGCCCGGGAGCAGGCUCUCUUCCAGGUGGCGGCCGUGUUCGCCACCAUCGGAGUGUCGGCGCUGGGAGGCGUCCUCACGGGCCUCGUCGUAAAGAUGCCUUUCCUCGACCCACCGCCCGAUAGGUUGUGCUUUGACGACGGGCUGUUUUUUGAGGUUCCGCUGGAUUAUGACUCACCACUUAAUCUGAAUAAUGACACAAUGCAGGAUUCUGCUGCCUGAUGUGCAGCAGACGAGUGAGGUCAAAUAUUACAAAUAUUAUCUACAUGAAAAAAAUGUGGUCAGAGCAAAAACAAUUGACUUAUAAGUCUUAUAGAAAAUAAUAUUGUUGUGGAGGAUAGGGAGACAUACAAAAUAAUAACUAAAUGUUUUUAAUAAAGUUUGUGUUCUGAAGUCUGGUCUGAUCUUAGCAUGAAAGGGAGGUGGGACGUUUUUGCUCAUCACUUGAUGGCGAUACAGAGCCGUGAAACUGCUCACGCGCGAUCUCACGAGGAAAGCCUGUGAGUAAUGGUGCCCAGAGUAUCGUCUGUCAGGAGGAACGUUGUGGUUUGAUGUUAAUCCCCACUUAACAUUUAGGAAGAAAGACAUGUGUUGUAACUAAGCGGUGAUAAUUAUUUCAAGGGAAAAUAAACCACCAAACAGGAACACUUGAAUAGCCGAGAACGGGGCUGGACCAGUGAUGGGAGGCGGGGUUAAAGAAAACGCUACUGCGCAUGCUCAAACUGGGCCCGUACUGCGGAAGAUCCGGGUAUUUUCAUCUGAAGUCAAACGUUUUUUGCUUCAUUCACGUUGUGUGCAGUUCAUUUAUAUUUCCAUGCGUUGACAACAUGAUUUAUGUUUCAUCAUCAUGCACUCAGAUGAUUAUAAUAUCAUAAUAGAAGUGAUCCCUUUUGCGAUUCAAAAUGUACAAAUACCAAA